CAGGAGCCUGCGUUGGCAGCUCAGCCAGGGCUGAGGGUCUGGCCUCACCUUGUGGACAACGAUGGCCUUGCCUCCGUGAGCUACCAAAUGCCCCUCAGCACCUGCCAGUCACUAGCCAGCAGGAUGCGGCUGUGGAAGGCAGUAGUGGUGACCCUAGCCUUCAUGAGCAUGGACGUUGGUGUGACCACAGCCAUCUAUGUCUUCAGCCACCUGGACCGCAGCUUGCUGGAGGACAUCCGCCAUUUCAACAUCUUUGAUUCGGUGCUGGACCUCUGGGCAGCCUGCCUCUACCGCAGCUGCCUGCUGCUAGGGGCCACCAUUGGAGUGGCCAAGAACAGUUCCCUGGGGCCCCGGCGGCUGCGGGCCUCAUGGGUGGUCAUCACUCUUGUGUGCCUGGUUGUGGGCAUCUACGCCAUGGUGAAGCUGCUGCUCUUCUCUGAGGUGCGUAGGCCCAUCCGGGACCCGUGGUUCUGGGCCCUCUUCGUGUGGACGUACAUCUCACUCGCUGCCUCCUUCCUGCUUUGGUGGCUGCUGUCCACCGUGCAGCCGAGCACAGAGGCCCUUGAGCCAAGGGCCGGGGCCCAGUCCCCACCCGAGCAGGCAUCUGGAGCCACACUGAAGAAGCUGCUCUCCUACACCAAGCCUGACGUGGCCUUCCUCGUGGCUGCCUCCUUCUUCCUCAUUGUGGCAGCUCUGGGAGAGACCUUCUUGCCCUACUACACGGGCCGGGCCAUUGAUGGCAUUGUCAUCCAGAAGAACAUGGAUCAGUUCAGCACGGCCGUCGUCAUCGUGUGCCUGCUGGCCAUUGGCAGCUCAUUUGCCGCAGGUAUUCGGGGCGGCAUUUUUACCCUCAUAUUUGCCAGACUGAACAUUCGCCUUCGAAACUGUCUCUUCCGCUCCCUGGUGUCUCAGGAGACAAGCUUCUUUGAUGAGAAUCGCACAGGGGACCUCAUCUCCCGCCUCACCUCCGACACCACCAUGGUCAGUGACCUAGUCUCCCAGAACAUCAACGUCUUCCUGCGGAACACGGUCAAGGUCACAGGCGUGGUGGUCUUCAUGUUCAGCCUCUCCUGGCAGCUCUCCUUGGUCACCUUCAUGGGCUUCCCCAUCAUCAUGAUGGCAUCCAACAUCUAUGGCAAGUACUAUAAGAGACUCUCCAAAGAGGUCCAGAAUGCCCUGGCCAGAGCCAGCAACACCGCCGAGGAGACCAUCAGUGCCAUGAAGACUGUCCGCAGCUUUGCCAACGAGGAGGCAGAGGCGGAGACCUACCUGCAGAAGCUGCAGCAGGUGUAUAAGCUGAACAGGAAGGAGGCGGCAGCCUACAUGUACUACGUCUGGGGCAGCGGGCUCACACUGCUGGUGGUCCAGGUCAGCAUCCUCUACUAUGGUGGCCACCUCGUCAUCUCAGGGCAGAUGACCAGUGGCAACCUCAUCGCCUUUAUCAUCUAUGAGUUUGUUCUGGGGGACUGCAUGGAGUCUGUGGGCUCCGUCUACAGCGGCCUGAUGCAGGGAGUGGGGGCUGCUGAGAAGGUGUUCGAGUUCAUUGAUCGGAAGCCAACCAUGGUACACGAUGGCAACUUGGCCCCUGACCACCUGGAAGGCCGGGUGGACUUUGAGAACGUGACCUUCACCUACCGUACUCGGCCCCACACCCAAGUCCUGCAGAACGUCUCCUUCAGCCUGACCCCAGGCAAGGUGACAGCACUUGUGGGGCCCUCAGGCAGCGGAAAGAGCUCCUGCGUGAACAUCCUGGAGAACUUCUACCCCCUGCAGGAGGGCCGCGUACUGCUGGACAGCAAACCCAUCAGCGCCUAUGACCACAAGUACCUGCACCAAGUGAUCUCAUUGGUCAGCCAGGAGCCUGUGCUGUUUGCCCGCUCCAUCUCGGACAACAUCUCCUACGGUCUGCCAGCCGUGCCCUUCGAGAGAGUGGUGGAAGCGGCGCAGAAGGCCAAUGCACACGGCUUCAUCAUGGAGCUGCAGGAUGGCUACAGCACAGAGACAGGGGAGAAGGGUGCCCAGCUGUCAGGUGGCCAGAAGCAGCGGGUGGCCAUGGCCAGGGCUUUGGUGCGGAACCCACAAGUCCUCAUCUUGGACGAAGCUACCAGCGCCCUGGAUGCAGAGAGCGAGUACCUGAUCCAGCAGGCCAUCCACGGCAACCUGCAGAAGCACACAGUGCUCAUCAUCGCGCACCGGCUGAGCACCGUGGAGCGGGCGCACCUCAUCGUGGUGCUGGACAAGGGCCGCGUGGUGCAGCAGGGCACCCACCAGCAGCUGCUGGCACAGGGCGGCCUCUACGCCAAGCUGGUACAACGGCAGAUGCUGGGACUCGAGCCCACCUCAGACCAUACGGCCAGCAACAAGGAGUCACCAGACAAUAGCAGUGACAAGGCCUGACUGACAGCCCCUGCUUCCUGUGGUGGGACAGAGGCCCUGGUGCCCAUCUGGCAAAUGUGCCCGUGGGGGGCCCUGACAGCCCCCAGCUGCCCUCUGAGCCUAGGCCCACAGCACUGGAGGGCAACCUGCCACGUCCCACAGAUGACCGCUUCCUGCAUUUUGUCCCUGGUUCGCUCCCUGUGCCCCCAGGCCCACCUGCCCCACAGUACCACAGGCCCCUCCACUGACCUCCCCAGGCUCCUACACAAAGGUAGAGCUACAUUUUUAAACUUAAACCUGACCAGGUUUUUUACUGCUUGGUUUGAUGCACCCCAGUCAACUCCUAGAUUUCAAAAAUCACUUUUCUAAUUGGGAGUAAUGGUGGGCAAAGCCACCAAAAUGUUCUAGAAAUUUCUGAGCCAGGAGCAAAUGGCCCUUCCUAAUAGCCUAGGGAAUGUCAGGAAAGAACUAGGCCUCUACCUUUGCCCAUCCAGAGAAGGGGCUUCCCUGUCCCAGAGACACAAGGGACGGAACUUCCCAUCUCCCUCUUCUCAGUUCCCCAAGUUGGGCCAAGGGGGUGGGGGGAAGAGUGGAUAGCAUCUGUCUGCCUCACCCCACUGCCCUGCCGAUCUAAGCCAGUGUCACUGUGAACCACUGUGCACCUCAACUGGGGGAGUGAGGGGUUGGCGGGGCCUCAGGGGUGUCGACAGCCUCGUACCCAGAGCUUUAGCCCCUUGGCCCUGCCUGACACCCCCGCCCCCCACACUGGCUGGCAGCCUCUCUCCCCAACGCCCACCCUGCCGCACUGCUAUCUGGAGGCCCUCUGGAUGUUUGUGAGUUGCGCUCUCUUCCCUGUUUGGUGGAAGCCAAGGGUCUGGCUUUGCCAGGGAUUGUGAAAUGUUGGGAGAACCCGGUCAAUAAAGUGUACUA